AUCGGUGUAUUUAACUUCCGGGUUGGUUAUGCGGUGGAGUGACAGUGACAAACGGCGGGCGACGAGAUGACACGGUUGUCGCAAUACUCCGAGGCCUUCUGGGGCCCUGACUUCACCAGCACUGCAGGAUUUGAGGUCCUGGCACAGCGCAUGAAAGAUGGCCGCCACAUGUGUAAAGAAUUUGAAGAAUACCUCAAGCAACGGUAUGAGAUGGAGAACAAGUACUUCAAGGAUUUACUCAAACUUGAGAGGAACAUGAAGACCAAAGAAGAUGUAGGGGUUCUUGAGAAGUCUUGGAACAAGCUGAAGCAGGAGGUGGAAAAGAUGGUGCAGAUCCACCAAGAUGCUGCCGCCAACUUCCAGAAACAGAUGGAAGAUGUCAAGAAGUUCAACGAGGCCCAGACUGUGAAAAAGAAAGCUGCAGAAGAAAACUUGAAGAAAUACCAGAGCAACAAGAACAGUCAGUACUCCAGGUGUAUGAAUAAUCAUAAAAACUACAAAGACAAAUGUCGAGAGAAGGACACUGCAUCAGAAAACUACAGUGUCCUUAGGUCUAGUGUCACGGUUCAGGCAAAGGAACUUGAGAAGGCAAGUAAAGCAAAAACAAAAGCAGAUGAUGACGCUGCUAAAGCAGAAACAGCAUACAAGAGUUCCCUUGACACCCUGGAGAGCGCACGUGAUCUCUGGGAGAAAGAGAUGCAGGCAUCUUGUAAUAUGUUUCAGAGUUUGGAUCAUGACCGAAUCAAAUUCCUACGAGAAAAUCUGUGGAUUUCUCUCAACAUCGAUUCCCAAGUUGCAGUGGAAGUUGACGAUUGCAGCGAGUCAGUCCGGCAUGUGUUGGAACAUUGCUCCAUGGAAAACGACAUCUGUACAUUUAUAGGCAAACAUCAGACAGGCACAGAGAGGCCAGCACCUAUUGUAUUUGACAACUACUACAGUAAUACAGAUACUUUGGGGCGUAGAGCUGCCCAGGCACAAAGGUCAGGAGGUCAGAGAACACAGCCAGCCAGAAGUAAUGGUGUUACGAUGUCAGAUAACACAUACGCAACAGUAGAUGAUCAAGAGGACCUGUAUGCCACACUGCGUUCUCCUGAUGCUCUCACCGUAGCCUCUUCUGACAAAAUACUUAUUAUCUCAAGACCCUACACGGCACAGACGCCUUUUGAACUGACGGUGGAGGUUGGACAGAAAGUCCACUUCAUACGACGCAUGACCAAUGGAUUACAAGUUCGUCUCGACGAGUCUAACAAGUGUGGUAUAAUUCCCAGCAGCUGUGUAGAGCUAUAACACAAGAACAAAGAAGAUAUUUAUUGUCCUAAAAUGAACAAGUCUGUCACCCCAAUUGUUUUAGUCUAAUGUCUGUCAACCAAUUGUUCAGUCCGAUGUCUGUCACCCCAAUUGUUUUAAUCUAAUGUCUGUCAACCAAUUGUUCAGUCCAAUGUCUGUCAAGCAUUUGGUUUAGUCUAUUGUCUGUCAAUCAACUGUUUUAGUCUAUUGUAUGUCAACCAAUUGUUCAGUCCAAUGUCUGUCAAGCAUUUGGUUUAGUCUAUUGUCUGUCAAUCAACUGUUUUAGUCUAUUGUAUGUCAACCAAUUGUUCAGUCUAUUCUCUGUCAACCAUUUGGUUUAGUCUAUUGUAUGACUACCUAUUGUUUUAAUUUGUUGGCUGUCAACCAAUUGUUUUCCUUUCCAUAAACGGAACAAUGAAAAAAAUACAGGGAAAUCAGCUUUACUGUCAGUACAUUUGAAAUAGCGGCAUACAAAUUCAACACAUGUUGAGAUGUGUUUGUGUGCAUUGUUUCCAGCAUGUAUUUGGUAGACCAGGCUGGGAACACAUGACAGCAUAUCAUUUUACUGUGUCUAAAACUAAGUGCUCCCUUAUUCAUGUCCAUCAGUAUAUAUAAAAUGUCAGUUCCAAAAUACGACCAAUCCCUACAACCUGAGGAAACACUAAAAAAGAUUAUUGCUAUCAACAAAUAAUUUUGGAAUAAUAUCUGAAAUGCUAAUGCUUUAAUUUGCUGCAAAAAUACAUGGUCUAGCCUUUUAUCUAUUGUGCUGUAGACCGAAGUUUAAUUCCUCAAGUUGUUACAACAUCGGAAGCCCCUCACAUGGUAUUCCUGCUGUUGGGCUACUGCUAAAAGUGACAGUGCAAGAUGGUCACUGCAUCUUCGGGUUCUGGCCAAGAGGGGCUGAAGACAAACAAAUACACUUGGCAAUGCUGGGUUUUACUUACAGAUACACUGCUCUUCAAAAAACAUUUUCUCUCUGUCAUGAAAUUGGGAACUGCGGUGUCCCAGUAUAUGGUGUUUGUAUGCAAGGAUGAGAAUGGAUAUCUUGCUUUUCAGCUGAAACUUCUUUGCAAUGGAAAGUGGUCCAUAAUUUGGGGGUGUUUAGGGGGAAGCCAUGAGAUUUUAACAAAUUUGUGGUCACUUAAAUUCACGGAUUCGCGGAAGGUUCUCACUCCUGUGUAUGGCGGGCCCAGGGGCGAGUGUGGUCACCAGCUUGUCAUAAAGGAUGGACCAUUUUUAUUGCGGGAGAGAGCUGGAAUUUAUAUUACUUUUAAAUCUGUUCCCAUAUGUGCUGAAUUUUUUUAUCCUUAGGUUUCAAAUUUUCUGACUUCUUCUUUCCUAAAAAACUUGUAUGUUUGAAAAAAAUCUGUUUUCUCAAACAAAAUCCCAGCUUCCCUCCAUAAUGCCGACUUCGUUCUCUUUGAGCAACAAAAUUGUGGACAGCUUCUAUGAUUUGGCAGAGUUUGUCAUAUUACCCCGAUGGAACACUGCUCAUGCUAUCAACCACUGGUUCUUCUGACCCAUACUGUUUUAUUUACAUGUUAAGGUCUUAUAGUUUGUUUGCUUCUUAGCACUCCACUGAGCAAUAUUUCAGCUAUGUGAUGGUAGGCUGUAAAUACUCGAGUCUGGCCCAGACAAUCCAAUGGUUGACAUCAUGAGCAUCAAUCUAUGCAUGCAAUUGGGAUAAGAUUUCAUGCAUCAACCAAGUCAGCAAGCCUGACCACCUGACUCUGUUAGUCACCUGGGUUGCUGAAGAUCAGUCCUAACCCUGUUCUUCAUGGGUCAAAAAUAUCAUAGCUGCAAUAUUGCUAAAGUAUGUCUUAGUGCUCUGUUUAUAGCUUGUAGUUGUGGUGGGAAGUAUAUAUGUUUGUGUACAACAUGAACGUCAACUGUACAUGUAACACCAGGUGUCUCUAUCUUUCUCUAUACACUGGAAUCUGUCAAAACUGGACACUGACUAAACCGGAUCACUGUUAACAUGAAACGAAAUUUAUGGUCUGAAAAAACUAUUUUGGUUCAUCUUCAACUAAUCUGAUCUUGAUCCCUGUACCAGAUUAACUUUCGAUCCUACACAAGGCCUGUUUAGACAGAUUCCACUACACAAGGCCUGUUUAGACAGAUUCCACUACACAAGGCCUGUUUAGACAGAUUCCACUACACAAGGCCUGUUUAGACAGAUUCCACUACACAAGGCCUGUUUAGAAAGAAUCCACUACACAAGGCCUGUUUAGACAGAUUCCACUACACAAGGCCUGUUUAGACAGAUUCCGCUACACAAGGCAUGUUUAGACAGAUCCCACUGUACAAGGCCUGUUUAGACAGAUUCCACUGCGCAAGGCCCGUUUAGACAGAUCCCACCACACAAGGCCCGUUUAGACAGAUCCCACCACACAAGGCCCGUUUAGACAGAUUCCACCACACAAGCCUCUCAGCACAAUACAAAGCUUGCUCACAUUCUCUACAGGGUAAAUGUACAUGUUUUUUUUAGUAUUCUUGCAAUUCUUACCCCAUUAAUCUGUCCUAGGUAUUUCAUGUGAAGUGUGUAAUUUUAGACAAAUGAAGUUCAAAACUAUUCUGUAACCUUGUGUAUCAUCUUUGUUGUGCAUUAUGUUAAUGCAGUGUGAGUUGUUUAUAGCUUUUAUAAGUUAUGUUCUUUUCCAAGCUAAUUGAAAUAUUUGUUACCGGUAAUUUUGAAUUCAAAUUUAUGUGGAAUAUUUGAACAAUGUUUUAUUCAUUGUGUGGUGCUUCACCUUGCUGGUUCCUUCUUGGUAAGUCCAUUUGAGUAUGGGAAUCAGAACUGUAGUCUCUUCGACUUUUGUAUAUCAGUGCGUGUAUUGGACAUUCUGCUACAAUCCUGAGAUGUUUAAAAAGCGUGCUCUUAAAUCCCUGACCGUUCUGAUCGAUAAUGGUAGAUGAAAUAAUUGUUUCAAUUUGUCAAAUUGUAAGUUUCAAUUUUCUUUUGAAUAUUUUGUCAGAACUGUUUGCUACUUCGGAUUAAGAUCUAAAAAGAAAAAUCUAUCCCUACACUGUGAGAAAGUGUUUCCCAACUCUGAUGUUGCAUCAAUAUAUAUUGCUCUCGAUCCAUAAAAGAUAUGAGAAUUGUUAACAACCCAUUUAUUUAUCUCUCAGUGUUCAAGACUCACACAAGAUAUGAUCCAUAUCAGCUUUUUGCAUUUGGUAAUUGUUAAAUAUAUAGAUUGGGUGGGGCUGCAAAAGUUCCCACUAGGACGAAAUCUUCAUGUGUAACAGUCUUAAUAUGUGUCUUGGUUUGUCAGCACCAUACCAUGCUUGUGGGUUUCACCAAUGUGGUAAGUGUCUUAAGACCGGCAUCACCUCGGUCUUCCCUCCCACAUCAAGCUGAUGCUCCGUGAUGAAACGAUAGUAGCUAGGCCAACUCGCGGUUAUAAAUAAUGCACAUUGCACAGGGUAAGUCUUGCAUGUCUAUAUUGGAGAAUGAGUAUUCUCAAAAGAGGUGUAAUAUAUAAAAAUGCAUAUAUUUUAAGAUAUGUAAUAUUUUUGUGCAAUUGUUCUGUACAUGAACCUGGAGAUGUUAUACUUAUUAGCUUGUUUUUUUCUAUUUUGUGAUAUGGCAGAGUUUUAAGAUGUACAUAUCUAUGCAAGAGAGAUGGUUGAUUGUAUAAUAUAUUGUUGUCCAGAAUUAUAUUGGAAUCUUAUAUCCCAUCUGCUGCGGGAAUGGUAUUUGCUGGUCUACCAAAUACAGUACAUGGAGUCACUGCUUAUAUUUAAUAAAGCUUAUCAUAAUGUUA